UACUUUGCAGAAGCAUGUGGAAUGGGCUGGUUGUUUUCCCUGCUCUGGGUGAACUAUAGAUGAUAGCCGAUAGGGAAAAAAUCACUGGACUUUCUGAGAUGAAACCUAGCUGAGUUUUGGGGCAGAAAGGGAUAGUAUCAGGGAAAGAAGGCAAAGUGUUAUUUUAGUUAAGGAUAUUAAUUACAUUUUUCCUGAGAUACAGAGAUAGACUAGUUCUGAUAGGCUUUAAUCCAGUUCUGAUCUGCUAUAACCUGGAUUGUUUUUCCUCUGGACUUCUUAUAGAAUAACAUGCUAUGAGUAAAAGCAGAAAUCCUAGAGAAAAAAUACAUCCUUGUUCACUGCUAUCCUGAGCCUAUAACAACUGCUGCAAGACAAGAGCAUCCCCACAACAUCCUUUAGGAGCACCACAGGCAUUUCCACAGAUCUUGGUAUCCACAGGCUGCUGCCUUUGGGCACAUGCACACGGCUCACAUAGCUGACAACGAAAGCUGACUGUGCUAGCAUUAUUUUUGUAGUAAAAUAUGGUAGUGAUUCGAAAAGAACUUUGAUAGGAACUGCUGGAAAUUUGGUGCCUUGCUCCAGAGUGAGAGAGAAACUAUUCUUUUGGGUGAGUGCUCACUGCGGUUGCCUUGCUGGAGUGCACAUAGCACGGAAGCAUCUCACUUACCACAAUGACUAGCUAUGGUAGAUAAAUGGCCUUGCUUUCUACUCUCGAACUGACUUCCUGCGGUCUAGAUGGGCAGUGUAGCUCUCAGGUCAUUCCCUGGGAAAGCAGGCUCUAGCUAAAGGCCACCUGAGGGAGCUGGAGUCUCCUCAUGCUGCGUCUCAGCUUCACUGAAAGUAGCGAGCAUUUCAGAGACUUUAUAGCAGAUGGAAAAUGGCUCAGCUGUGGGGGAAACUCAUUUGUUGAGUUAUUGCCUCACGUUUACCAGCACUCAGUAGACGUUGUGAUGUGCACAGUAACACUUUCCAUGGAGCGAGAGUUAACAGCACGUGCGUAAUACACCAUAAUUCCUGAACUUGAGAUGUAAGGAGCGAGGCUCCUUUUGGCAGUAAAUGCCUUCAAUAAAACACUAUCCUGUACUCUUCCAAGAAGUGUAUUUAUCAUGCUUGCAAAAAUUGUAGGGAGGUGUGUGUGUCUUUAAGUAAACCAGCAUGUCAUCCUUGUACCAUAUGGACUUUCUGUCAGCAGACAGCCAUCUGCCUGCCUGGCUGCAAUAGCCCACAAGGAUAACUCGGGUUCAAGGUUCAAAGGAUGAUAGUAGGCAAGAACUGUGCCGAACAGUGAGGGGGUAGGGGUUUGUUACCCCACUCAGAGAGACAUGCUGACUAUCAACCAGGGGCAAUACGUUUGUGGCCCCAAUAAACACAGCCCUCAUCAAUCUUUUUCUUCCUUCUUUUAAAAAGUUCAAGGACAGCAGUUCCCUGUUUGCGUGGCAAGAUGCAUUCAGCUACGUGUUGGACAAACAACUCUUCUUCAUCUUAGUUGCAAUCACUGUGACGUGUUUCUUGGCUUCUGUUAAGAGGCUGACAGAGCCUAGCAAAAGCAUGAGGCUGAAUUGCCCCGACUCAGGAACUUAGUUUAAUUAUUUGCCAAAAAACUCCGGAGUCCUCUGCUUCAUGGCAGAAUUCACUCAGCUCACAGGAGGGUGAGAAAGAUCUGAGUUGCUUAACAAAGGUGCUCUGAAAAAAAAGGUGCAGUGCUAACUCACCCCAGGUGAAGCUGAGAUCUAUCAAGUUGGGUGUAGUUUCUAGGGGAGCACAGCUGUGUGAGAGCCCACUGAUGCAGGGCUCUGUAGAUCUGAGAAGAGAAGCAUCCUGGCUGGUAUUUUGUUUUUUUUACUAUGGGCACAUAUACAGAUGUAACUCUAGCCCUUGGUUGAAAAUGUUGCCAGGUUCAUGCAUAAAAUUCAGACAGAAUUCAUUGUGAGUAUCACUUCAAGGGCACAAAACUCCAAAGCAGGUGAACAAUUGACACUGGUGAGCAGAUCCUGCUGAGAGAGCCCUCUCUUGUCAGUCUGAGACUAAAGUGCUGUGGAGCACCUGGACCUUUCUGACAGCUUGAAGCCAUCCUUGCAAGUACAGGAGCGAGGCAAGAAAAAGGUUGCUCGGAGAUGGAUGAAAAUGUAAAAAGCAGAGUUUGAAUUGGAUAGGAUGGAGGUCAGAAGAAACAAAGAUUUUACCCAACAUCUUGAAGAAAAUUGGCAGCACCCCCAUGGUCCGAGUCAACAAGAUUGGGAAGUCCUAUGGGCUCAAGUGUGAGCUCUUGGCAAAAUGCGAGUACUUCAACGCAGGGGGCAGUGUGAAGGACCGCAUCAGCCUGAGGAUGGUGGAAGACGCAGAGAGAGCGGGGAUUAUAAAGCCGGGAGACACACUGAUUGAGCCCACUUCGGGGAACACAGGAAUCGGGCUGGCUCUGGUGGCUGCAGUGAAAGGUUACCGCUGCAUCAUUGUCUUGCCGGAGAAAAUGAGCAUGGAGAAGGUUGAUAUUCUGAAGGCACUGGGUGUUGAAAUUGUGAGGACCCCAUGCACCCGCUUCGAUGCCCCAGAGUCUAACAUUCGUGUCGCCUGGAAGUUGAAAAAUGAAAUCCCAAACUCUCACAUCCUGGACCAGUACCGAAAUCCAAGCAACCCUCUGGCUCAUUACGACACCACCGCUGAGGAGAUCCUGGAGCAGUGUGAAGGCAAGGUCCACAUGGUGGUGAUUGGGUCUGGCACAGGAGGCACCGUCACUGGUGUUGCGAGAAAGUUGAAGGAGAAGUGCCCGGAGUGCAAAAUAAUUGGCGUAGACCCCGAAGGCUCCAUCGUUGCUCUGCCCAGUGAGUUGAACAGGACAAACACCACAACCAUAGAGGUGGAGGGCAUUGGGCAUGACUUUAUCCCCACUGUCCUGGACAGAUCAGUGGUUGAUCAAUGGUAUAAAUGCAACGACAGAGACUCAUUCCUCAUGUCUCGCAGGCUGAUUAGAGAGGAAGGAUUGUUGUGUGGUGGCAGCUCAGGCAGUGCCAUGUCUGUUGCUGUGCAGGCUGCCAAGGACCUGAAGGACGGUCAGCGCUGCGUCGUCAUCCUGCCCGACUCUGUCAGGAACUACAUGUCCAAGUUCUUGAAUGAUAAAUGGAUGAUAAAAAACGGAUUCCUAACUGAUGUCCAGGAGCACAAGCCUUGGUGGUGGAACAUCAAGGUACAGAAACUGAAUCUCUCAGCCCCUCUCAUUCUUCUCCCAGAAGUCAGCUGUCAAAAGGCAAUUGAAAUCCUCCGGGAGAAGGGAUACGACCAGGCUCCCGUUGUUGCUGAAUCAGGACUUAUUUUGGGAAUGGUAACCCUCAGCAACACCCUGACCUCAGUGCUGGCUGGAAGCGCACAGUUCUCAGACCCCGUUACAAAGGUCAUCUACGACCAGUUCUCUAAGAUCGGCCUGGAGGACAGCCUUGGGAAGCUUUCCUGCAUCCUGGAGAAUGACCACUUUGCUAUUGUUGUGCACGAGCAAAUGCAGUUCAGUGGGAAUGGCAGUUCCUUCAUGAAACAGAUGGUGUUUGGCGUGGUCACCGCGAUGGACCUCCUCACCUUUGUCAGCAGGAACGACAAGAAGUAAGGAAGGAGCCCGGCCGUGCUGAUCCUUGUGCCUCCAGCAGGGUCAGCUGCUCCUCCUGAGCCUGAAACACGUGGCUGAGGAUAUUUUGUGGUCUAAUCCAGCAGAUGGUUUCUCAAAAUGACUAUGUGAAAAUUGUAAUGUAAUAACCGUGUGUCUGCUAGAUGCCAUCCAGAGCAUCACUAAAGAGAAGCAAAACAAAGAAAUUACAUUUGAUGGCCGUAUGUGGUUACAUGGAGCUACCGAGGGCUGGAGAGGUAAUGAGGGGUUAGGGUUGGGGGUGAGGAUUGCUGUUGUUGUUGCCCAGAUGUUUCCCGAUGCAGGUUUUGGUGCCCUCAGGAGAAGGAGGAGGUCUCACUGAGGUUGGAGCCCAUCUCUAACAAGAGAAACUCAACACCUCUCAGCUCCUUGUGAAGGCUGGGGACAAGCCACGUCACAUUGCAUCCUCGUGGCUGCAGCCCCCUAGGGGCCCUGCUGCUCACCCCUGGCUCCUUUUGGGAUCCAGGGAGGGAGCAUCUUCCUCCCUCACUGGGGCGAGCAGGAAGGACAGAGCCAGGAGGAGCAGGGUGAGGGUGGGACAUGGACCCCCUGCUAAGCACAAAGAGGGGAGCUGGGCUGGCAUAAGCAGGGCAGGUGGGAAGUGACAUCCAGGGGCUGUGAGGGGCAGGGGGUUGGGAAGCGAGGGACGAGGUGCUGGGCUGGUGGGGAAUGAGAGUUCCUGUGGGGCUGCAGGCCUGGGAGGGCUGGUGGCAGCAGUGCUGGCUGCACGUCCCUGGGCUGGGACAGCCAGCCGCACCCCUUUGAGAAGUGGAGACUCAUUCUCAAGACUUGAUAACAGGGCCAUGAGAUAGGGCUAUGUCCCAAUUUCCUGUAUUAUUCAGCUCAUGAAUAUUCAGCCUGAGAGCUCAUUUUCAAGGGAGCAAAGGGGAAAGAGAUCCUAUUGCUGUCAUAAUAUUGUGUUCCAGGAACUGAUAACGAAGGUCAAAAGAGGCAUUUGUCAUGGCUCUGAAAAUGUAAAUGAAAUCAAAUGUGAAACCAGUGCUGUGGAAACAAGCUGAGCUGCUGCUGCUGAAACCUGCUUUGAGAGAGCUGAUCUCAAAACAAGCAGAGAGCUUUGCAGUUUUUCCCUGCAUCUCGGGAGCUCAUCCGAGGGGAAAACAACAACAGAUCUGGCUUGCUGCUAAAUGGCUAGUCUGUAUUUUCAAUUUAAUCUAGUUUGUAUGAGAUUUGUAUUAAAUUAAGGAAUGCUGAAGUAUUUAUAUUUAGGAAUAGUGACUCUGCCACCUUUUGCUCCCUUCAGUUACACAAACAGUAUCACAUCUCCUGCAAGCUUUUUGCCUGAGUAACGACCUUAUUUGACCAGAAAAAGUAAAAACUAAUUAGAUCAA